AUGAUGCGCGGCCAGCGUGGGAGGAGGUCGGCGCCGACGCUGCUAGAACUAAGACGAGACCGCGACCGACAGCGGGCCGUGCUGGCGAGCAUCCGCGCUGCUGACGACGGGCUCGAGACUGCCCUUGAGAGCGACGAGAUCCUCGCAUGCUUUGAAGAGGCGCUCGGCGAACAGCUGCCAGAUAUGGGCACGGAUGCUGCAGCAGGGCGAGAGGCAAACGCCGAGAGGGCGGAGGCCGCACCGCGACUGGAGGCUGCAGCAGAAAAGACGCACUCGCAAAUCUGUCUGGCAGUCAGUGAACUCGCGUAA